GAAAAGCUGCAGGUAGCUCAGGAUCGCUUUGUUUAUCAUCUGCUUGGCCAUGGAGCCGCGGGACGGCGGCGCAUUUCAGACCGCGCUGACCAACGACCAGAUUGAAACAUUAUCUAUCGUGUAUUUAUCAUCGUUGUCAUUAAGUUUGCUUGGGAGUUCGUCUGUCCUGGUGGCAGCUAUCAUUAAGAGACGCCAUCUGAACAAACAGGCCUGGCCCCUGCUCCAGCUGGCCCUGGCAGACUUCCUGGCUACUGUCCUGCUGUUCCUCAUCAACAUCAUGAACAUGGUACCGUCCGCUAAGUGGCCCGACAGCAUCCCAGUCUGCGAGCGGCUGCUUCCCCUCUGUCUGGCAUUUUACUGUGUCUCCUUCCUGCUGGUUGUGGUCUACGCGCAUGAGUCUCAGCAGGCAGCAGGAGGCUGGAGGGAGGAGCCUAGCGGCACUCAGGACGGGUCACAGAGAGGAGCAGGUGUGGCGUCACCCAUCUCCUACGUCAUAGCGUGGAUGGUCCCUGUCAUCAUCUACUUCUUCUACAUCGCCACAGAGGUUUUGGUAUCAGCCAGGAUAGUGAAAUGGCCGAAGGAUCCAGUGUCCAACGAAGGAAUGAGCGAGAAGUACACUAUGUUCUGCUCAAGCUGCGUCCUAUUCCUGCACAUCAGGAACGAUACCUGCACACAUCCGGACGUGGCACAUGACAUAUUUGUGAAAUGCUUUUUCUUAAUAAGUGCGCUGUCAGUGCUCGUCUGCUGUGCGGUGAUAUACCACAAGGUGAGCUGUUGGCUCAGAAGGUACGAGGGCGGGACCAUGUUCCCAGUGGAAGGGGAUGGCUUCAGCCGCAGACAGCUGAGGGGCUCGUGUAUGACAGCCAACUCUAUGGUUCUGGUCAUCAUGUUCUGCUGGACCCCAGCCAUUGUACUUGUUGUUCUGUCCUUCAUACAGAGCAUCCCCCAGGAAACGCUGUUUCCUCUUUAUGUCACACAGGCGUUGACCAUCUCCCUCCAAGGCUUCCUGGACAGUAUUGUGUAUGGCUGGAAGAGGCAGAACUUCCGUGAGGCGAUGGGUGAGAGGAUGCCUCUGCUGGAAAAGGCCUUCUACGACGAAUCCCUGACCGCAAACUGAGCUGGACAAAACUGGGGAACACACUGGCACCCAAAGAAGCAAUAUGCAGACUGCAGCCAGCAAGGGAUACAACAUGGAACCCUCCUUUGUACUGACAGCUUCAUAUAGAACAUUUGAAGCAUAUUUUUGUAUUUAUAUAGUUUUUUUUCCCACACACCUAAAUGCAGUAUGUUACUCAUGCAUACUCUCCUCUUGCUGAGAUGGAGUCACUCCAGAACAAAUUCCUGAAAUGAAAUUCUGCGCAUCUUCUGCAUGGUCCGGCCAAGGCUCGUCGACAUCUGGUGAUGAGGGAGCUCUUCUGUAGGCUACUGAGAAGACGAGAGAAUUUACAGGAACUUCUGGGAGGUUGUGAAGACUGGGAGGUGUUUCAAACAAGGAAGGGCAACAAAAAUAAAGAAGCGGUCAAGUAUCACCAGAACCCUGAGGGAAAUGAGGACUCAAAGUCAUGGAAGAACACUCCAAACCAGCAUGGAGGCUAAGACACAACGACCAUCCGGGGGGGCACUCAUUGCAAACCUUGGGGGCUUUUGAAGGUUUCUAGAGCUGGCUCAGUGAGCUGCUGUAAUUCUGGGCUGAUUACUUUUAGUUGUCCCACACAAUAACUCUGAUAACCAUGAAGACUGAAUGACAUUAAUCAAUCUGGACAUACAAUCUCAGGGAUUGUUUUAAUUUGUUAUUUAGUUAAACAUGUGUUUUGAUGUAUUUUGUUAAAAAAUAAAAUAAAACUCACAGAAGGUUCAAAUUACAAAAGAUGAGGUACCGUCUGGAUUCAGUUCCGUAAACCUGAUUUAGUAUUAAAUGUCAUUCAUUGUGCUUUUUAUUAUAAUUUAUCAAUAAAUUAUUUUGUGUGUGA